AUGUCAAGUGAACUAAAGGAUCUAAAGUUGCAGCAGCGACAGAUUCGAAGCACGUUCGACGGUGUGAAGCAGUUCAUCAAGGGAUUCAAGCGAGAGAAGCAUGAAGCACAUGUCGAAACCAGAUUGGAGAUGCUAGAAGGUGCAAUGAAGAAGAUUUACACAAUUAGAAGGAAAAUAGAUAUGAUCAUGGAAGAUGCAGAGGAGAAGGAGAGACAAGAGUCGAAGGAAGACCCAGGCAAUCGUGAGGCUCGACUAGCAGCACUCAGUGAAAGGCGGGAAGCUGAACAAUCUUCUGUCAUACAGCAAGCUGAAGACACUUACUGCGAGUUGAGGGCAUCAUUGCAGCGACUGCUUGGCCCAACGGCCCAUGCUUCAACGUCUUCGGAGUCAUCAACUGCACCAGUACCAAUAACUCCCAGUGCUUUCUCGAAGGUGAAGCUGCCAGAAAUUAAACUCCCGAAUUUUGGAGGCAAACUUCGAGAUUGGGUCACGUUCCGAGACAUGUUUAUAAGCCUAAUUCACCGCAACCACCAACUAACCGAGAUAGACAAAUUCACGUACCUUCGGUCAUCGCUUGUAGGCGACGCGCUGCAGGAAAUCUGUACUAUAGAGAUUUCAGCGGCGAACUACAAAAUAGCGUGGGAUCUGCUCCAGAAACGUUUCGAAAACAAGAAACUAAUUGUAAAGGCUCACCUUGAUGCACUUUUUGCUGUGGAACCAAUGAAACGCGAAUGUUACGACGGUUUGAGCCAUCUGCUCAGUGAGUAUGACCGGAAUCUGCAAAUGUUAGAUAAGAUCGGCGAAAACACUCAGAACUGGAGUACCAUCCUCGUCUACAUGAUGUGCUCCAGGCUAGACUCUGUUACUCUCCGCCAUUGGGAAUCGCACCAUUGUUCUAAGGAGGUUCCCACCUAUGAUGAGUUAGUCGAUUUUCUUCGCAAUCACUGUGCUGUACUUCAGUCGAUUGCCCCAGCCAAACCCUGCCAGACAGAGAUGAAGAAACCUCGUUUCACCGUCAGUCAUUUUCACGCGACAACUGAAGCUGCCAAUCGUUGA